CUGCCGAUAUGACAUUUUUUGUGCGAAUAUAAGCUACAGCGGUUGUUUUCUAACUUAAACAUUCGCCCAAACAUUUGGAAGUAUAUAGAUUUAGGCGUUACAGAAAAUGACUACGCAAAGAAAAUUGGUCACCGUCGGUAUUGUAGCGGCAUUAGGUCUUGCAAGUUAUGGUGUUAUUAUCUAUCCUAUGCAGCAUGCGGAGGAAUAUAGGAAAGUGCAGGAAUCAUGGCGUGCAGACAUAGAUAGAGACAAGAUCCAACCUGGAGGUAUGAGAGUAUGGUCUGACCCUUUUCAAGAGAGAAAGAAAGAAGUACCUUUAUAUAUGCAGAAACCUAGGAAAGAAG